AUGACCGGGCCGCCGUCCUCUUCCUACCCCGGCCAGGUCCCGUCGCCAGCCGCCGUGAUUUCGCCGGAAAACGAGGAGAAAAGCUCCGGUUUUGACAGAAACUUCGCCGGCUUCGUUCUCCGUCGUCCGGCCGCCAUUUUUGGCGAUCAAGGAUCGUGUAGGAUUCGACGGAUCGUAAAACGGAGUCCCGGAUACUCCGGAAAUGCCAACCCUGGGGUUAGGGUUUUAGUAACCGUCCGAUCGUGUGAUCGUGAGCGAUCCGACCGUCCGAUCUGGACCAAACUUGCAGGACUGUGUCCUAGAGCCUGUAGAACCUAUAGGAACUUUCGGAUCGGAAAUUUGGAGGUUGUGGGCCCCGCAGGCCCGUUUGACCCUAGGUUGACCGUGAGACUUCCGAGAUAG